CAUAAGGAAGAGGAACCCUCGACGACAACCGACGACCUCACCUCAUCGCUCAGACUGCUCGCUCACACAAACACCAAGCCGAACAACCCCCCUACAGCCGUCAAGCUGGACGAAAAACAACUAGACCGUCUUAUUCGGACAAUGGGCGCUAAGCUGCCUGGUCCGGUUCGCGCUUGCAGUAUGCGAAACCCACUCACGAGAACGCUGCUUUUUGCAGUCGUCAUCCUGGUCAUCAUGGCCCUCACUCUCAGAAACGACGCCAUCGACGUCCGCGGCCGUAUUAUGAAGACCGGUGCCGGAGUCAAGUCCUCCAUCACCCACCAGCAGCCUUUGGACCCCGUUAAGUCUCAUGGCUCAUCAUCUCUCUCCGACAAGAUCCCCGCCGAGCCGGCCCCCUCAUCCACUCACGUCAUGAACUGCGAUGUCAACACCGACCACCUGAAGCAGGUCAAGGACAAGUAUGGCCUCGACAACAAGAUCCACUACUUCAAGCGCUACGUCAAGUUCACCCGCAAGAACAUAAUUCGAAAGGCCUACACCGUCCUCGACCAGGAGUUCCUGCCCAAGAAGUUCAAGACGGUUGAUGUCACCAAGUCCUACGCUCCCGAGGAGUGCCACGCUCCUCUCGAGCUCCCCGUCCCUCAAUCCCCUUACCCUGCCACUGUCAACGCCUCUGACUUCAUGUUCGCUGUUUCCACCACCUACAAGCGUUUCAACGACCCCAAGACGAGCCCGAUCAAGGAGUGGUCUCACUGGCUUACCGACAGCAACGGCAAGUCCAACGGGGGAAAGCUUCUGCUUCUCCUUCUGGACGCUAGCGACGCUGAGCUCAAGGAUGCUAGCGACAGGCUCAAGCGUGUCGGCAUUGACGUGGAUGUGGCCCACUCCGACCCUUCCAUGGAGAUGGCUGUUCGCUACCUGACUCUUGUUCCCUACCUUUACAACCAUCCCGACCGCAAGUCGAAGAAGUGGCUGGUUACCUGCGACGACGAUACCUAUUUCCCCAGCAUGCACGGUCUCAUCGACAAGUUCGCCACUUUCGAUCACCUCGACCCUCUGUACGUUGGAACCCUUUCUGAGGAUGUCAACGCUAUCCACCGCCACGGUUCCCAGGCCUUCGGCGGUGCUGGUGUCUUCCUCAGCGUUCCCCUGGCUGCUGCCAUCAACCAGCUGUACGAGUCUUGCAAGACCCCCCAGAAGGUCAAGGAAGCCAACUCCGGCUGGGGUCCCCAGGGCGAUAUUCUCCUCCGCAAGUGCAUCUACGAAAACACCGAGGUCCGCCUCACCAAUAUCUGGGAUCUGUGGCAGCUCGACCUGUACGGCGACCCGGCCGGUUUCUACGAGAGUGGCAUCAAGCCCUUGAGCUUGCACCACUACAAGGGCGGCGGCUGGCACUUUGCCAAGCCCUUCCAGACCACCAAGGUUUCUCACGCCUGCGGCGAGGACUGCCCGUACCAGCGAUUUAUCACGUCCGACGACUUCAUCAUCGCCAACGGCUUCAGCGUUGCCCACUACCCGCAAGGCAUCGACUUCAACCUCGAUCAGAUGGAGCGCACCUUUACUCCCGCCCCCGAUGACAUUGGCUGGAACUUGGACUACAUGUUCGGCCCCCAGCGCAGAUCUCUGCACAAGACUGGCCGCAAGAUUGCCUGGGAGCUCCAGGAGGCUCACGUUCAGGAGGACGGUUCCGUACUCCAGAUCUACACCCGCAGGAAGGACGACGAGCGCUGGGUCGAGGAGGACGGCGAGCCGAUGAGCAAGAUCGACGGCGUUAUCGAGCUUGUUAUAUCGAACAUCCUGUCGCUGCCCUUCCGCAAAUCCACCCAACUGUCGCUGUCCUCGACGAUACGGCAGUACAUCAACACCAAAUAUGACCAGCACCCGGACAUGUUCCGGCAGGACCUUGAGGUCAUCGAUGCCCUCCGACGCGAUGCGGUCAACGUGAGAGAGCCGCACCCCAGCGGCAUCAAGAAGCUCCAGGCCUACGCCGGACAGCUCGUGUGGAUCGGUGGAAAGUUCCCGAUUGACAUUGGCGCCGAGUUCACCUGGUACCCAGCCCUGGGCUACAACACCGAGCGACCGAUGGUCCGCAACAACCUCAAGUACGAGCUCAUGAACAUCCUCUACAACCUCGCCUCCCUCUACUCCCAGCUCGCCGUCGCCCAGUCCCGCACGGGCACAGAGGGCCUCAAGACCGCCGCGGGCUACUUCUCGUCCGCCGCGGGCGUGCUCCAGCACAUGCAGAAGGAGAUCCUCCCCGAACUGCGCAUGUCGGACCCGCCCGAGGACAUGGACGCCAACACGCUCGAGUCGCUGGCGCAGCUGCUGCUCGCGCAGUCGCAGGAGUGCUUCUGGCAGAAGGCCGUUAUGGACGGGUACAAGGACGCCAUCAUCGCCCGGCUGGCGGCGCGCGUGUCGGACCUGUACAACUCGGCGGGCGAGGCGGCGAUGAAGAGCGAGGCGAUCAGCUCCGCGUGGAUCCACCACAUGAGCGCGAAGCACCACCACUUUGCGGGCGCCGCGCAGUACCGCGCCGCGUGCGACUGCUUGGAGAAGAGGAAGUACGGCGAGGAGGUUGCGAGGUUGCAGGACGCGGUGGCGUGCGUCAACGAAGGGCUGAAGGAGAGCAGGGGCGGGUACCUCAACAAAGCUGUUCUCGAUGACCUGAAUGGCCUGAAGAGGAAGGUUGAGGAGGAUCUGAAGCGGGCGGAGAAGGACAACGACGUGAUUUAUCUCAAUCCCGUACCGCCCAAGUCUGAACUCAAGAUCCUCGACAGGGCGAACAUGGCCAUCGCUAAGGUUCCGCCUCAAGUGGGCAACCCGUUCGAUUACCUCGGAGACCAGGCCGAGUUCGGGCCCGCCCUCUUCACAAAACUCGUGCCGUUCUCCGUGCACGCCGCCAUCACCAUCUACGAACAACUCCGCGAUCGCAUUGUCAACGAGAAUAUUAUUGGUCAGAUGGAGACUCAGACUGAGAAGCUCCACCAGAUUCUCAGCUCUAUCAACCUGCCGGGCUCAUUACAGGCGCUCGAGAAGCCUCUCGGUUUGCCUCACAGCCUGGUUCACCACGCCGAGGAGAUUCGCCAGGCUGACGCCAUUGGACGCAUCCAGCGAGCGUUCUCCGAUAUCGACAAACUCCGGAAUGCAGAUAUUUCAGUCUUCAAUGAGGGCAAAGCUAUUCUUACAGCAGAGGAGGAAGAGGACCAGAGGCUUAGACGGAAGUACGGUACCGACAGGUGGUCGAGACCAGACAGCCGGAGCGAUCCUCAGGGCGCUGCAUUCUGGGGACAGGUGGCAGAAAUCGAGGGCUACUUUGCCAGCAGUACGAGCAGUGACGCGCUUGUGCGAGAGAAGUACAGAGAGGUCCAGGACUUGCUGGAGAUGCUGUCCGGAUCGGACCGAGCUCUUAUGGACUACGUCCCUUCAAGCAGACGGAUGGACAUCCCCGAGCCUUUGAAGCCAGUCAUAGGAAGACUGCGUGGGGCCUACAAUGACGUCCUCCGUCUCGAAUCGAGAAGGAGAAAGAAGGCCGAGGCACUGAGGGAGAAGGCAAGAACGGACGACAUCAAGCCCGACAUUCUCAAAGAGGCUGCCCGUCUUGAGCGGACGUACCCGACAACAGCCAUCGUCCCGGCGCACUUUGAAGAGUUUUUCGAGAAGCGUCUUGACAAGCUCUACGAUGGAGACAUUGAAGCUGUGGCAAAGGAAGAGGACGAACAGGACCGGCUCAUGACGGAGGUGCAACGGGUUAACCGGGAGUUCGAGAGCCAGAAGAAGAAUCUUACCAGCGGCAGCAGGGAGCGCGAGCAAGCGUUGCAGAGGUUGGACAACGCGUACUACAAGUACAAGGAGAUUGUCAACAACGUGGACGUGGGCCGCAAGUUCUACAACGACCUGAGCAAAGUGGUCGGCCAGAACUUCCGGGACCCGGUCAAGGCGUGGGCUGCGGAGCGGCGGAUGGACGCCAAGAGUCUCGAAGAGGAGGUCAACAUGCCGCCUCUCGGCUCUCUCAACAUCAACAGGUCCCCAGUCCACUCGCCCGCUGGCUCAACGUACGACCAACGCACAAACAACUCCUACUUCAAUGCCAGUGUCGUCCCCGGCUCCUCACCGCCUCAGCAGCAGGCCUCAAGACAGGAGGUGGUGCAUCCUCCUGCCGAGGCACACAUCCAGUCAUGGGCGGGCUCGACCGUCGAACCGCAACAUCCCAGGCCAACUAGCAUGUGGCAGCCCGAUAUGGGGAUCAAGUUCUCGGCACCGGCCGGCUCGUCGGCUGCGCCCACCACGCAGCAAGCGCAGGGAUCGGGGAGCAAGCCCCCGCAGGGCGGCACCUGGGACCCGGGCUCCGGAAUAAGAUUCGGAUAG